AUGUACAAUUCUCUUACUCGUAUUCAGAACACCUUUGGUUUCUUUACCACUGUCGCAUUUGUGGUCGCAGCUUUUAUCGCUGCGUCCGACCUCUUGGCUCCACGGGCGCCUGAUGCUGGCAUAUUCCAGAAGACAAACGCUCAAGUUGUGAAGGGCCGACCACACUACUACAGCUCGAAGAAGGAGGAAUACGCCAUCAUUCGAUUCAACCUCGAUGCUGACUUGAGGAGCCUCUUUACAUGGAAUACCAAGCAGGUUUUUGUCUACGUCACUGCUGAGUGGCCGGGUCCCAACAAUUCGACUAAUGAGGCUGUUAUCUGGGAUAAAAUCAUCACCAACCCCAGCGCCGACCAUCUCCAGAACAUUGGACCUGUUGCGAUGAAGAAGCUAAAGCGUAGCGCUGAGGGCAAGUCCAUCGAUCCUGAACGUGGCUUUAUCGGCCUCAAAAACCAGAAGCCAAAGUAUCAGAUCACCCACCCCAGUGGAAAGGUCGCCGAGAUAGAUGAUGUGAAGCUCAAGCUACAUUACAAUGUUCAACCGUGGGUCGGUUUUCUAACUUGGGAUCAGUCCCGGGAUAUCGGUCACUGGAGGGCUUUGAAAUGGGGAGAGUCGCCUAAGUUCCAACUCCCUGCUCUCAAGACUAAGAAGAAAGAUAGUCCUAAGAAGAGCUACUAA